AUGGCUAUCCGUGUAUUAGAAAUCAUCUUUUUCUUCUAUUUUGCGUCUCACAUUCCUAUCACGUUAUUUAUUGACUUGCAAGCCCUGCUGCCUCAACAUGUGUAUCCUCAGCCGAUGAGAGAUUUUGUGAAGUGGUAUGCAGAGGAGUUCAAAGACCCUUUGAUGAUGGAUCCUCCAGACUGGUUCAGGUCUUUCAUUUUCUGCGAGGCCUUGUUUCAGCUGCCUUUCUUUCCAGUCGCAGCUUAUGCUUUCCUAAAAGGUGGCUGUAAGUGGAUCAGGACUCCUGCCAUUGUGUAUUCCGCACAUGUGGCCACCACACUAGUCCCGAUCCUAAGUCGCAUCCUCUUCUACCAGUUUCCUAUGGAACCCCACCCAGGUCCCCAGACCCCACAGGAGCGUUGGCUGCUGGUCUCCAUAUAUGUUCCGUACCUGCUGGUGCCUUUGCUGCUGCUGUUCACCAUGCUGCUGUCCCCCACAUACAACUCCACCUCAAACACAUCAGCCAAAGCCAAGAAGAAGAACUGACUCAGACUACAGCUAUCUAAUUAACUCUGAUUUUAGGAGAUACUUUUAUACAUUUCUGAAUUUGAGGGCUGAGUGAGACUGCUUCGUACUAUUGUUUCAGGACACUGACAUUGUUAAACCAGCCAGAAUGAGCACUUUUAUGUUAUUCUUUAAAGUAAACACUUGUUUGCUGAACAUGU